AAACUCACCUAAUUUUCGUACCGGAUUGACCCCUGACUAAGUUGCUAGAUUAGCUUUGUCGCUCAAGUCAAAUCCAAGACCAAUCUGAAGCGUAGUACACAAGUGCUGAAAGAACCAUGCAGGGCAAGACCCUAAAAUUCGAUCCUGAGUACGCGAAGUGGCGCGAGCCAUUCAAAGAUCAGCUGCACGUGCCGUAUUUCGAGUCGAUACCUGAAUUCCGGGAGUUUAGCGACAGGUUGACGAACAUCGCGUUGGCGAACAUUCCACCGGAGCCAAGAAUCAUCAGGACCAAGUACACGUGCGUUUCCCAUGACGGCGCUGAAAUCGAAAUAACACGGUUCGCCACCGCGGAGCAGAUGGCAGCCAGCAAGACGCUGCAACCAGCGGUUCUAUUUUUCCAUGGGGGCGGAAUGGUUAUCGGAAGCGUCGAUUUAUUUGCGCCAGCAAUAACUACGUUGUCGAUUACUUCAGGCGUUCAGUACUUCGCCGUCGAUUAUCGACUUGCGCCAGAACACCCGGACCCCACACCGGUCGAAGACUGUUACGCCGGUCUUGAAUGGGUGUCGACACAUGGCGCGGAGCUCGGCGUUGACCCAUCCCGACUCGCUGUCAUGGGCGAAAGCGCUGGUGGCGGUCUUGCUGCAGGAACGGCGCUCCUCGCCCGCGAUCGAGUUCUAGACCCUCCGCUCAAAAAGCAAAUUCUUGUGUAUCCUAUGCUAGACGAUAGGUCCAUUAAUGCCUCAUCGGCUGAUGCCCUAGCUGAAUUCGUAUUUUUCCCGCUUUACAUGAGCAAGGUCUGCUGGGAAAGCUACGUGGGCAAGGAUAAAGCGGGCAAAGACGAGGCGGAUGUGAGCCCGUAUGCGGCCCCAGGACGGGCGAAAAGCCUAGAAGGACUGCCUCCCACGUAUAUCGACGUUGGCGGAUUAGAUCUAUUCAGGGAUGAGUGUGCAAUGUAUGCGGCGCGAUUGGCGGCAGCAAAUGUUGAGGUUGAAUUUCAUCUAUUCCCAGGGUUGCCUCAUGGGUUCGAAAGGGCCACAGAGGUCCAUGGUACCAAGAUGGCCAUUGAAGGUCGGAUGCGGUGGGUUAAGGAUUUAUGAUUUAUGAGAUACCAAGAUGAGAUAGAUUGUGAAUUCAAAACUCGAAAUGAAUUGGAAUACCCACUCCACAAUAGGGACUAGCCAA